AUGGUCGCUACACGUCGCGGUGCGAAGAAAGCCCCAGAGGCCGCCUCUGCGCCCUCAAACACACUCAACGCCCCUCCCAAACGCGGCGGCAGGAAGAAGGCAGUCGAUGAGAUCGACGAACUCGCGCCUUCCCCGAUCAAACCCACAAAGACAACCGCUGUGAAGCGCAAGGCGAAGGCUGAGCCUGAAGAUGCCGAGCCGCCCAUGGCUAAGAAGACGGUCGCAACAAAGACAGCGCGCACAGUCAAGGUCCAGACGAAAGCUGUGCCUGCACCUGCUCCAGCAACAAGAGCGACGCGUGGUCGCAAGGCUGAAGAACCUGCCGCUGCAGAGGAGCCCGAAACUACCGAAGAGGCGCCCAAGCCAGCAGCCACUCGUACACGCAAGAUCGCGGCAGUAAAGCAGGCACCUGCACCCAAACUUCAGAAUCCUGUUGUUGCCGAAGAGCCUGCUGUCGAAGAGGCACCUAAAGCAACAUCCAGGGUACGCAAAGCACCUGUACCCGUAAAGAAGGCGCCCACCACCAAGAAGAGCGAGCCUGCUGCCACCGAGAAAACCGCCGUCAGUGAGCCGGCUAAGUCAGCAACUCGAACCCGCAAGCCACCAGUACCCAAAGCCUCGGCAUCCGCUCCAGCCCCCGUCAUCGCACCCAGAGCCACACGUGGUCGCAAUGCCCCGGCAGUUUCACAAGACUCGCCUCUCAAGGCACCGGCCCGCAAGCCUACAAAGAAGGCCGCGGCUGUUCCCAAGACGAAAGCUGAGCCCGAGGCUGUCGUCGAAACAGCUGAAGAGCCAGUCGCGGAGGUAGUCGAAGAGCCAGUUAUCGAGGCUGUCGAAGAGCCAAUUGUUGAGGCUGUCGAGGAGCCACUCGUCGAGGCUGUUGAAGAGGCAGUCAUUGAAGAAGUAGAAGAGCCAGUUGCUAAGGAAAUUGAACAACCGGUCAUCGCAGUAGCUGACGAGCCAGCCAUAGAAGUGAUUGAACAGUCGGUCGUCGAGGUUGUCGAGCAGCCAUUGGCAGAGUUUCCUGGUUACCCUACAACACCCACACACAUCUCUGCCCCAAUGACUUCUAGGGAAGCCGUCGCUGAACUACCGGGCUACCCGACUACACCAUCCCAUAUCAUUGCGCCUCUGUCGAACGAGCAGGGUCUUGCAGAACUUGCAGGAUACCCCACGACGCCUGCGCACAUCACUGCACCCGUUGUAGCAGCCGCCCAGGAGGAUGAUGUCGAUGUCGUUGAGCAUGAGUACAACGACGUCGCCAUGGAGGAUGUUGAGGAUAACGAGCCGGUAGAGCAGAGUGAGGCCUGCCAGGUCUCAACGGUUUCUGAGGUCGAGGAGCAUGUCACGACAGUGGUAUCAGGAGAUCCUCAGCACGUUGAGUACCCUCACAUCGAAGAGGAGGAAAUCCGCGAGGACCUCGACGCUACAGUUGACGCCUCCAUACCCGCUGCAAAGUCUCCUGUGACUGUCCAGCCUGAUACCUCUAGCUCGGCCGCUAUAACAGUAGAUGACUCGACUGCCGAGGUCGUCUGCGGUAUGACUGACCAGGAAGCAUUUGAGGAGCUUCCAGCCGCAUACCCUACCACACCAACUCACAUCUCCGCUCCUGUGACUUCUAAAGCGGCAUUGGCCGAGCUCCCGGAUUACCCCAAGACCCCAGCUCAUAUCUCUGCCCCUGUAACUUCUAAAGCGGCGUUGGCUGAGCUUCCGGGUUAUCCAAAGACCCCAGCUCACAUCUCUGCUCCUGUUUCCUCCAAAGCAGCAUUGGCCGAGCUCCCCGAUUAUCCCAAGACUCCUGCUCACAUCAAGGCACCGAUGACUCCUCGCCGCGCUCUUGCUGAGUUGCCCGACUAUCCCACCACACCAAGCUUGGCACUCGAGGCUGCUCUCCAGGAAGAGAUCACCAGGUCAGUCAAGAAGCAGACACCAUCGCCUGUGAGAUAUCCAACUCUCAAGAAUGACUCAUUCGAGCUUGAGGAGCCUAGCGAGAUUGCCGACAUCAGCGAGGUCACUGAGGCUAGUGAAGUCGGUGAGAUUGCGGUUGCCCACACUGCAAUUGAAUCUUCCCCGUUUGUAACCAGGCCAAUCAUGCAACUGGCGCCACUCAAACUCGCUCCUACUUUCGCAGCACCCGAGCCAGCAUCACCCAAGAAGUCCGCCCUGCGAUCACCUCAGAAGGUCAAGGACGCCAAGACCCCGAAGAAGACUGUUGCUUGGACCGACGUCCAAGCGGAUGAGAGCGAUCUGUUCCUGUAUGACGGCAUUCUUCAGGGCAUGGUUUUCUACGUCGACGUCACAAGCAACGGCAGGGAGCAAAACUUCCUCUUCCGUGGUCUGCUCGAAGAUCUUGGCGCGAAGGUAGUCCAAGAUAUAUCGCACGCGUCGGUGAGCCACGUUCUCUUCAAGGACGGAAGCAUAUCCACACUGGAGAAGUGCCUUGAGAGCAAGGGGGCGAUUAAGUGUGUCAAUGUUGGGUGGGUGUUGGACAGCGAAUCAAACAAGAAGCGUAUGGACGAAGAGCAUUAUCUGGUUGAUCUAUCGGUUGCGAAGCCAGCAACUCCUCUCCCCACAACCGCCGCGAAGCCCUUCACGCCGUUCAAGACUCCUUCCAAGUACGCGCUUCCACCUUCGUCUCAAUGCAAGAUGCCCAGCACACCAACAAGCUCCGAGUUCGAUCGCUCCUUCAACGACGAUAAAGAAAAUUGCGAGGUUGGCAUGUUCUUCGACAAUGACAAGAGCCCUCUCGCACCUCGGACUGCUCCUAUCAAGAAAUCGUCUUUCCUGUUUAGCAGGUCAGCCAUCAAGACUCCGUCCAAGUCCAUCUUCCUUGGAGCUACGCCCUCAAAACCGAUCUUUUCGGCUGUCAAGCCUGCUCCUCAGGCUGCCACUACUGUUAAGAAGCGCCCCGCAGAGUCGUCUUUCUUCGGCUCCCUUGGCCCGCCCAAGAAGUUGCGUCUCUUCUAG